AUGUUCAAGAAGCCGGCAACACUGAAGCCUGCUUCGACUUUGAAGUCUUCGGCCAGAAGGGCAUUCAUCACUCAUUUGCAAUCUUUAUAUCCUGCACUUGCACAUGCCACGCCUGAACAAAUAGCAGAAGUUGUUCCUGCUGGAUUGAAACAAUGCGGUGCAACGACGAGCGGUGGACAUAAAGCAGUCAUUUAUACAGACGAAAAAGGGAAGCCAUUAUGGUUUGAAGUUGGACAUGAAGCCGCUUCUGCAUUACAGCAAUCGCAACAACAACAUAAAAAACAGGCACACAAUGGCAAGGGAAAGGCAAAUAAUGUACAAUCAAAUUUGGCAGAAGUGAUUCCAACAAUUUACGCUUUAUGGUUGAUGCCGACUCUACUGCCAAGACUACCCACAUGGCCUCAGAUCGUUGAUCCUACACUUCUGGGAGGCUCAGCACUCAUGAUACCCGGCCUGCUUCCUUCGCCUCACACAUUUCCCGACGAUCUUCAAUGGCGAGAACCUGCAGAACAGGGCGAUGGAACAACAGAGGGAGAUAAAGAUGGGUCGAGCAGCUCAGGUAGCAGCUUACCUCAAAAAACCUCGCUCGUUGCCAUUACUGCAUAUCCCUCACCCGUACCGCUUGUGAUUGCAAGAUUGGAAACUGAUAUGAAAGACAUAAUCACCAAAAGGGCAAGCGGCGAAAAGGGUAAAGCUGCUUCAACGCUCCAUGCCUUGGGUGAUCAUAUCUGGGAACUGGGUGGAAAAGAAGAUCCUCCAAACGAUGAAGAGGUACAAACCCGCUCAGCUGUAGUCCAACAACCUCCUUCUGACGACGCAGCUUCGAACGUAGAGAAAGGCGUGGAAAGUAUUACCCUGUCUGAUGAUAAGCCUGCCGAUACUGCUGCUGCGGGCCAAGAAGACAUCAAAGAUGAAGGAGUGGAUAAUAAACAGAAACCUGGUACGGGAGAGAAUAAGUUCACAGUAGAUGAAGUUGACGAAAUUCUACAUUUGGCCCUUUUGCUCUCUCUAAAGCAGAUUGCAAAGCAACCAGGAACUACUUUACCUAUGCCCACAUCUGCGCUUUAUUCGACGUAUGUGUUACCCAAUCGAUCUUCUCAAUGGCCGCCACUAGAUGCGAAAGGAAGGAAGAGAGCACGAAUAGCACCUAGCCUAGUAGCUUCUGCAAUUAGCGAUAAUGGGAAUGAUGGUAAGAUCUUGGAAGCAGAAUCGACCGAUAUCCGUCACUGCUCAGCUAAAAAGUUAGCCAAAUGGAUCAAACAAGAAGAGAAACAUGGCUUGUUCAAAACCAAGGAUGUAAAAGGGAAAGAUACGGUGAUCACAACCAUCAAUGAUAGUCAUGCAGAUUUGAGAGGGCUUGAAGCCUAUUUGACGAUCGCACAAGCGCAACAGCAAGGAGCGACGGAAGCUGAUGGCUCGACAACCGCAAAUGGCCCAAACGGAGUGACAAACCCUUCGGCAACAACAGCUCCGAAAGCUAUAAUCGUAAUAGAGCGCUUUUGGCGACCUUCAUCGUCAUGUGUUAAGCUAUUCCAAGAGAUGGGUUGUGAAACAUCAAAUCCAGUUUCCAAGCCGGUGAUCCGCAAACAUGUUCUUCAAUUUAUUCAAGAGAAAGAACUUGUUGAUCCUCGUAAUCAAGCAAUGGUUCGGAUUGAAGAUCCUCAUCUGACACAUGCCUUGUAUCCUAAAGCAUCACUGAAAGACAUUCCCGCUGCACUUCGUAGGGAAGAAUUACUGGAACGUCUUUUGUCAGUCUCUUGCAUCGAAUUUCAUCGUACCAGUCGUCUGACACCGGAACAUGCUGCCAAAGUCACCCAAUCGAACGCGAAAGGAGAUGAUGCCUCUGCAUUAGAAAACUUGGAGCUCGACAAAGAGAAAGGAGAGAUUGUUGGACAGAUGACAAAAGGUGCUGCACAACUUGUAAAAGUGGAAAUCAAGACAAGACAAGGUAGAAAAGUGAUUUCAUUAAUCACAAAUGUAGAAGUUUAUGCGAUUGAUGCAGAACAAUUUGCUGCAGAUUUGAUGAGAAUCGUUGGAGCAAGUGCAAGUUGUAGUACGCUACCAGGAUCUACAGCCAAACAUCCAAAGCAUGAAAUCUUUGUUCAAGGCGAUCAAAGAAAGGCAAUCUUUGAUCUUUUAGAGUCACAGCAUGGUCUGGAUAGAAAGCACGUUCAUAUUCAUGAUAUGACGAAAAAGUGA